AUGUUUUGCUUGUGUUGGCUGGACGAAACCUUCGAUGUUGGUACAUCAUGUAAAUUAGGUUGUGCUGAUCUAGUGGUACGAAGUUCGGUCUCUGGUGGUGGACUAAAAUUAGUGCCUUCUAGUGUAGAAAAACUUUGCGAGAAAACGGCGAAAAAACCGUCCAGACUUGACGACGUGUAUCAACUGUUGACACCGAUGCCACGGCAUAUACCAUUGCGGUCAAAGAAACUGGAGGUCGACACGUAUGACGUGUCAGUUGUCGUCGAGCUGACAACAGAUGUCGUUCAGGUUGAUGACGCUAUGUCAGCCGAUGGCUCGACAACAGAUAUCCAUGGGUUACUCAACGAUACUGAAUCAGAUCUCACCGGCCUUUCGCACGUUGAUGCACCAAAUGAUGCGAAUUACAUGAUAGGCGGGGUGGUUAUUGCCAUGGCCCUGGUGGGGCUCAUCAUAGUUCUGCUGGCACUCACGAUCAACAAGCUGCGCAAGAGGGAGGAGCACUCGGCUUCGGUGCACCCGGCCGAAGCUGUGCUCCAGGCCUCCGCUCCGCAGCCGCCCGAGCCUCUUGCCUUCCGCCAGCAGCCGCUGUGGCAGUUCCCGCCGCCGCUGCCUCCGCCUUACGUCUAUCCUCACGAUCAGGACAACUUGAUGCAGCCGAUCGGUAACGAGCGAGCGAGUUUUCGCAGUCUCCGCAAGAACAUCGGCGGCCGCUGGAAGAGACUAGUAAAAAAGAAGCCAGAACAAGAGGUGUACACGAUUCCACCCGAGCUCAAGCCUCAGCUGAAGCAAAUAUACGUUUAUUAA